AUGGAUACAAAUUCUAAAGUGGCAGGUGACAAAGGAGAUCUUCUUGAUGAUCCAAUGCAAUAUAGGAGACUAGUUGCAAAGCUCAUGUACCUGAACUUGACCAGGCCAGACAUCAGUUAUACUAUCAACACUUUAAAUCAGUUCAUGAGAAAUCCAACAACAACCCAUCUGCAAGCAGCUCAAAGGGUUCUCAGAUACCUAAAGGGCACCUUUACUCAGGGCUUAUUAUUUCCUAGCAAGCAACCACAUAAUCUAGAAGCCUACCGUGAUGCAGAUUGGGCAUCAUGCUCAGACACAAGAAGAUCAGUAACAGGAUAUAGCAUAAUGUAUGGAAAAUCUCUUAUUUCUUGGAAAUCGUCCAACAAACAGUUUCAAAAUCAUCAGCAGAAGCUGAAUACAGAUCAAUGGCAGGAGUGA